AACAAAUGAAUUCUUCACAAAGCUCAUUUACUGAUCUUAACGAUUAGGCUUUAGUAUACUAAAAUCUUCAAUCCAUUGAACCAGAAUAUCUAUCUUUGAAGCUCAAAUUACAUUUCAAAACUCUACCCAAUUUUGAUGACUUUAUCAAACUUUAUGAGUCAUCCAAGAUUGGUUGUGACGAAGCUUGGAAUCAAAAUGAAGAGAUUUUCUUAUAACUCGUUGUCUUGAGUCUAAAUCCUAGAUGCAUAAAGGUAUAGUAUUGAUCGAAUAUUUAAAGAAUCGCUUCGACUGGGAGAAGGUCCAAAAGUUAAUGCCAAAGCAAAGGAGUCUGUCAGAAUUGUGCUUUAAAUUCUAAUCUUUCUAUAAAGCACAACUUCCCAGACAACCUUGGUCUUCCUUUGAGGAUAAAACUUUGUUGCAAAUCAUUUUGUAUUCAUAUUUAACUAUUACUUAGGGACAACACCAGUCGUUGCAAGAAAAAGUGGAGCUCUAUUGCUAAUCAAUACAAUCUAAUCUGUAAAUCUGAAAUUCUUAGAAAUGCUAAACAAUGUAGAGAGAGAUGGAACAACAAACUUGAUCCAUAGAUUAAUAGGUAAUUAUACACAUUUAAUCAAACUAGAGAACCAUGGUCUAGAUCUGAGGAGUUACACUUUCUAUAAUUGCUACUUCAGAAUGGACGAAGGUGGGCUGACAUAUCUUUAAAAUUGUCAAUGAUCACCAAAUACAAGAGAAGAACCGAAUUUGCUCUUAAACACAAAUUCAAAUAGCUUUAAAAAUAUUAUGGUAUUCGAAUAAUUCUAUAAUUAGGUCACAAAGCCAAAAGACUCAAUAAGACUGAUUUCGAGAUCAGUCCUCGUUGGAACAUUCAGGAAAUUGAUAUGAUCCUAUCCAAAAUAGAGAUUCUCUAGGAAAAAUAAAAAAAGAUGCUAACUCAAGAAUAUUCUUUUUGUGAAUUUUUGAGUUUAGAUUCUGAAUUUUCCCUAGUGAUAAUCAAAAACGGAUGCUUGAUAAAACUAUGAUGAUUUCUGUUG